AUGUCCGCCGAGCACACCACUUUGGUCAAGGGCGACAAGGUCCUGGAGAAGGUCGGAGACCAAAGUCAGCUCAGUUGGCCCUCGCCGUCGUCAGCGUAUCAGCCUCGCGGGGCUUGACCGAUCUCGAGCUUGAAGGCGGAGGUAUUCUGUCAACGUGCUGACCUAUCUACCGCCGCUUGCACCUCCCCAGUCGUCGCCGAGAAGGACUAUGUCCGUGUUCUCAGUGGCUACAAGGCCACCGCCCACAAGCAGAACUUGCCCGAGGAGACCCGCAAGGUGCGUUCAGCCUCCCUCUCGGACUUGGACAGAUUGUAUCUCUGUAACAAAUGGAUCGAUGAUGUGCUGACCCAAUAUUGCGCUCGUCCUCACAGCACGCCGAAGAGAUGAUUCAGAAACUCGAAGAGUCGCACGCGGCCUCCGUCGGUGAAGGAGCAAGUGGUGGAUCAGGUGGUGGAAGUGGUGCCGACGAGCAGCAGCACCAGCACCGCGUCGCCGGCGGUCUCAAAGCCGCGAUCCACAACCCUAACGUGUCCGAGGAGGCCAAGCAGAGUGCUCAAGAGAAACUCGAGAAGCUGGGCGAGGCUUGA